ACGAGGCAUCAGCAUAGAACAAAAUGGCAGCUUCGAGUUCUGUUGGGAUAUGUUGUUCAUCGCGCUGAUCGUCUAGACCGCAACAUGUCCGGUUUCACGGAGGCUGCAUUGGAACGGAAGCUAGCUGAGCUAAACAACUCGCAGCAGAGUAUCCAGACGUUGUCUUUAUGGCUUAUUCAUCACCGAAAACACCACAAGACCAUUGUGCACGUCUGGCUACGAGAACUCAAGAAAGCCAAACCAGCUCGGAAGCUGACGUUUAUGUAUCUUGCGAAUGAUGUCAUCCAGAAUAGCAAGAAGAAAGGACCUGAAUUCACCAGGGAGUUUGCUACUGUUCUGGCUAAAGCCUUUGCUCACAUUUCAGUGAGAGAUACAGACCAGAAGACGCAUGCAGGCUUGCGGAGAAUUCUUAGUGUGUGGAAAGAGAGAAGUGUUUUUGACACACAUCAGAUUUCGGACUUUGGCCAAUAUCUCUCAGACAAGGUGACUGAAACAGAAACGGUGAAAGACUCUGGCCAAGAUACAGUGUAUCGCAAGGGACAAGCACCGGCGUCACACGAGGGCACACCUUUAUGGAAUGAUACCGAGCCUGUGGCGAAGCGAAAGAAGCCUUCUGAUGCUAGUGAGGAAGCUGAGGAGAAGACAGACACCCCCAAGGAUACAGAAAAGCCGGGAGAACCACCAGAUCCAGGGGUUCUGAUCAAGGCAUUGGCAGACUUGGAGAACACAGCCUCCUCUGAUGCUGUUGUUCGAGAACGCAUAGCCAGUCUCCCACCAGAGGUUUCAGAUGCCUCCCUGCUAGAGAAAAUUCAGGACCGACAGGCGGCCGACCGCCUUUCUGCCCAAGUGGAGGAGGCCUGCUCACUGCUAGCCGAGUACAACAGCCGGUUGGCCCAGGAAUUAGAAGACCGCAAGCAAGUCUCCCAGAUGCUGGCCAGCUUCACCUUCCACCAGAGAGAGCUCAUGGCACUUGCGGAGCAGAAACUCGAGGAGCACCGUGACAAGCUGCACAAGGUGACGCAUGUCAGAAACGAGCUCAAGUCCCACCUGCAGAACUUGCCUGACCUUACCCUGUUGCCAAGCGUCACCGGUGGUCUGGCACCCUUGCCAUCAGCUGGGGAUCUCUUCAGCCACCAGUGACUCUUGUCCGCUCGGUUCUCAGGCCACAAUACACUGCUUCUGGCUGUAUGACAUGCAGUCUUCAGUGGCUAGCAGCUAUGGGUUGAGCCUGUUGUUGUGUGUUGAGGGAACGCUUACAAAGUAGUUUGCUCCUCCCCCAAUUUUUUCUGGCUUCUCUCUUCCCGGCAUUUCACGUUGUUGCAUUGUAGGCUUGUUUUAGCUUUUGUGAGGACUCGCUCUGUGCUGUAACCUGGCUGGUAUAAUCCACUUGGAGGGCAGCAGUGUAGUAUCCUUUUCAGGCCAUUUGUAAGUGUAUGCACAUUGAGGAUGCCAGGCAGGAAGGAAUGCGUAUUCGUUUCUAAAGUCUUAAAGGCAUGCCUAAGCUGCUACUUUUCUCUCAGUCUCUCACUGCCCACCGUCACCACCACACACACAGAAUUCUGUUGCACUGUUACAACCCCAGUUAUGGUUAAUUUGGUUUUUAAACAAAUUGUCACUGCAGUGCAAAUCUGUUAAUUUACAUCUCACUUUGUGCAGUGAAGGUUUCUUGAAAGUUAUCUUGUGAAGCUCUAAAAGAUGAUAUUAAAACCUGAAUAUUCACGUGAGUCACUAAUACAUUACUUGAAAUAAAGAACCUGAACUAGGACAUGCAUGAGUACAAUACAUACGUGUACACAGCUGUAACAUAUGUAUGCCUGCUCAUCUCAUUUUGGCCUUGUUGAUGUUCUGUUGAAACCUUGUUAAUUGCAAGAAAUUUUCUGCAUUGCCAUUUCCAACAGCACUUACACUAAAUGCUUUUUCUUCUAAUUUACUUUUGUCUCUAUUAUGAGAAAUCCAGUGAACACAUUGUGUGUAGAUUUUAUGAUAGAAACUGCAGAUGUCUUCAUGUUAUAUGUAUGUAAUGUUCAAGUUCUGUGUGCAAGGUGUGGUAUGCCAUAGAGGAGGACUUUGUCACCAGUAAAACUGGUUUUUAUCCUUGUGUCUGCCGACUUAACUGUGGACAGUCUAAAUCAAUCAGGGUGUGUGUGUUUUUUUCCCCCUAAAUAUAUGAGCUGCAAAGAUGUUAUAAAAGUGGUAUUUUGUUGUAGCUAGCAUCGUUUUCUUAAUGCCCCCACCCCACCACCACCACCUUUUUUUUUAAUAUUCAUAUUAAUUUUAAGGCAUGCAUGAACCAUACUUGCCUUCCAAUGUAUUCUGUCUGGUAUGUGUAUGAGGAACGUGUUAGUUUUUACUGUCUACAGUUGAAACUCGAUUUAACAAAGUAAUGCAAUGAUCACGCUCGACUUCACUAAAUAGCGAAGUUCGUGAAAACGAGAAAGGGAUUGUUCGGUCCUUCGAAAUCUAAAGUUGUAAUGUGACGACAUCCAAAAGCUACCACAGCAUUGUGUUUGUCGCUAACCCAGGCCUGCGUGUGUGAAAAGUCCGCAAGGCCGACCCAAAUUGCUUGUGCAUGAAACCGAAAGGAAAAAAAAAGACACCUCGGUGUUCUGCAGAGAACUGCGAAUUUAGUAUGUUGCAGUGAAAACUCGGGAUCUUCGCCUGUGUGUGCUUCACUAGCAGUGGGUGCACACACUUCUCAUAGCCCACAAGUGCUUGCAAUGCGUCCUCAGUUCCCUCGUGGGCUCCAGGAAACCGCCUCAAGGAAUCGACGACUGCCGAGUCCGUUGUGCUGCGCAUGGGCGCGGCGUGCAAUCUCGUCAAAAUAAAGCUAGGGCUGUGACUAGGGUGCCCAGAUGUUUUAACACGAUUGCGCUAGAGCGCAUGCACAAAGAAAAACUUGUCUGUGUCAAAAAACAAAGAAAUCACCACUUUUUUACUCAUUUAUUUCAGGAAAAACUUCGUUAAAUGGAGUUUGGUGGCAAAGUUAAUUUCAUUAAUUCGGGUUGAUGACAGCAUUGAACUGUACGUGUACCUAUCGGGGAAUGGAAAUUUCUUCGUUAGAUCGGGAACUUUGUAAAGUCAGGUUUUGUUAGAUCGAGUUUUAACUGUAGUGUGCAUUUUUGUUUUAAUAAGUAUGCUGUAGUGUAUCAUAGGAGCUUUGUGUUGGACAACACUCCUUCAGCAGAAAUGUUUAGCAUGUGUUUGAUUGCAAAAGCAACUUGCACAACAUGGUCAGCUUCCUUUCCUGUGCAACAAAAUGUGCUAGCACACGCGAAAAAUAAGCAUGCAUUUUGUCAGCGAUUUGUGAAUCGAAAUGUGCGAGACUAAAACCACCACAGUGCAGUACAGUGACACUUUUGCUUUUGCAAACGGUAUUCUUUACAAUACCUGUUGUUGGUUCUUCAGAAGCUGGUGCUGUGGAUGUAGUUAUAUUCCUUUUGUGUGUGCUAAAUGAACUGAUUCUGACAGAUGGAAGUGGUCAUAAUUAGAAUAACUGCAUUGAGGUAUCUUUGUACAAGUGGCUUUUUUAAAAUGUAAUAUUAUUUACUUGACAAAAGUAAUUUUCAUUUAGGGUUUUUUUUUUCGGUUUAUUUUGUUUUGUCUCUCAGUUUAUUAUUUUUUUCUUUUGUUACAAACAUUUAUUGCCACGGUCAAGCCUGUGGAGUGAGGAAGACAAUUUUGUAGCUCCUUAUUGUUUACUCUUCUCUUUGAGCGGUAUGCCAUUGCAUACACACACAUACACACAAAAUGGUAUGCAUGUUGUUUCUGAUGAGUAUGUCACACCUCUCUUUUUUUUAUAUUAAAAUGAAAAUUUAUUGUUAA